AACCUCAACUUGUAAUCUGAUAAACUUCACGUAAAGUACCUCUACACUGUACCUGAUGUUUGAUGUUUAUUCAAUUUUAGAACAUGGUUAUUAGGUGAUCUAUUUAUUGAAAUGUUGAAUAUAGAUGUUAAUUUGUUGGCAAAUUAGUUACUACUUACUAUUUAAUCGUUGAUUAGGAAUACUUCAAUUCCAAACAUACAUUAUUCAUACAACUAAUAUAAUUAGUGCAACAACUAAUCAAUCAGGGUAACAUUUGAACUUUGGACUCUUAAAAAUAUACGAAAAUGGCUCAACAAACUCCAAAACCAGUUAACGAGGAGGACCUGAAAGAUUUGAAGGAACGUAUGAAGCUAAUAGUGGAUGCUGACCCCUCACAGUAUCACAACGAUUUUUCGUUGAGAAGAUAUCUCAGAGCAUUCAAAACUGUGGAUGCUGCAUUUCAGGGCAUAAUAAAGACGAACAAAUGGCGCGUAGAAUACGAUGUGGCGGGGCUGACCGCCGACUGCGAACUAGUUAAGACACACCUGGCGCAAAACAAGGCGCGCGUCCUGCGACACCGAGACAUGGCCGGUCGACCUGUCAUCUACAUCCCCGCCAAGAACCACAGCGCCGCUGACAAGGAUGUCGAAGACCUCACCAAGUUCAUUGUCUACUGUCUAGAAGACGCAUGCAAGCGGUGCUUCGAGGAAGUGGUGGACAACCUGUGCAUUGUGUUCGACUUGAGGGACUUCGGACUUAGCUGCAUGAACUAUCAAGUUGUGAAGAACUUGAUAUGGUUGCUAAGCAGGCAUUAUCCUGAGAGGCUGGGCGUCUGCUUGGUUAUCAAUGCUCCGGCUCUCUUCACUGGCUGUUGGGCCAUUAUUGGAGGAUGGUUGGACGAGAACACAUCGAGCAAAGUGACAUUCGUCAACAAUGAAAUGGAUUUAUGUCAUUACCUUAUCCCAGACAUACUGCCCACUGACAUGUAAACAUUGCAAAUACGUCACUGACAUGCUUCAAACGGCUAGAAAAUAUGUUAAGAUAUAUUUUACUAUGAAGCAAGGAACGAUGCAAAAGUUGGAGAACGACCGGUAGCUAAUAUUCGGCAACUAGGGUGCAAGGAUCGAUCAAAUAAUAAAUUAAUAUGUAAUUAAUUAGUUUAGGCACUCGUUUUUGAGUUGCCGUUUGUCCCAAAGUUAUUAUCAAUCUAUAAUAACAUCAAGAUUAUUAAUCAAUCUUAUAACAAUGUCUUGUUUCUCAGUCAUUGAUUAAAUUCUAAUAUUGAUGGAAGGACUUUUAUCGAUGUAGUACAAAUUUAAAUUCUAAUUCAAUUAAAAACUAUUGUUUGAAAAAUUACCUUCUAAUUGAUAAAAGGACUUCAAUCGAUGUAGUACAAAUUUAUAUUCUAAUUCAAUCAAAAACUAUUGAUUCAAAAAUUUCCUUCUACUUGAUAAAAGGACUUCAAUCGAUGUAGUACCAAUUUAUAUUCUAAUUUGAUUGAAAACUAUUGUUUGAAAAAUUACCUUCUAAUUGAGAAAAGGACUUUUAUCAAUGUAGUACCAAUUUAUAUUCCAAUUCAAUUGAAAACUAUUGUUUGAAAAAUUACCUUCUAAUUGAUAAAAGGACUUCAAUCGAUGUAGUACCAAUUUAUAUCCUAAUUCGAUUGAAAACUAUUGUUUGAAAAAUUACUUUCAAUGAAGAAGAAGCAGGCCCUUCUUUGUUACUGUAAACAGAUCAAUGCUAUAAAAUUGUAUUAGUUUCAGUUAUUGAAUGAAUUUUGAAUUACUGUUUUGAAAACUAUUGUUUGAAAAAUUACUUUCAAUGAAGAAGAAGCAGGCCCAUCUUUGUUACUGUAAACAAAUCACUGCUAUAAAAUUGUAUUUAUUUCAGUUAUUGAAUGAAUUUUGAAUCACUGUCUACUUGAAAAUCUUAUAAAUUAAUUAAAUCUUCGAACAUUGUAUAUUCUGUAAUCUCUAAUUCCCGAAAUUCAGUGAAACAAUUAUGAGAUUGUGUAGCUAUUCUACAUUCUUCUUCUUGUAUACGUUUUAAAUAGUCUAAAUUUAAUUUGUCAAGUUCAAGAUUUUUAGUUGAUAGCUAAGAGAAUUUAUCAAAUGACUGAUAAACUUGCCUAGAUUGUUAUUGAAGGGAACAAUGAUUGGUAAAUAAAAUCAAUUAUAUUGAGAAGAUUAAGGUAUAAAUACAAAUUAAUUAUAUUCUUGAAGGUUGAGAAAUUUAGGUUAACUUCGAACAAAUAACUAUUAUACUAUCAAGAAUUAUUUGUUAUCUCUAGAGCGAACCAGUACCUGGGUAAAAAUUGUUAAAAGUAGUUGAAUUUUCAUGCUUUUUAAAAGUAAUUAGUGUGUAUUUUGUGUUGACUAGAUGUUAUUUUAUUUUGUGAUGCAACUUUCUGUGAUGACUUUGCAUUUUAAUGUGCACAUAUUUUGAUGUACUGUUUAUUUGAGGAGAUUUCAAAGUAAUCAUGACAAAUCUUCUCUACAGUAUAUUAUAUAUAUUUUCAAACUAAUCAGUCUCAAUAGUCCGUUAAGUAUUACACGUUUAUCACAACAAAAAUGUGAUGAAUACAAAGUCAAUUCACUAAAAAAUAUGGUAAGAUUUAAAAAUAGUUAAGGAUUUAAAAUUAACUAGUAUUCUUUACUCUCCGCUUCACUGUCCAAAUCUAAUACUGUGUAUGCAUUUAACUAUGAAUUUUCUUUAGAAAUCUUAGUUAGAAUUACUAAAGUUUCAGGGGAUAAAUAAUGUGAAAUUGAAAAUUCAAGCAUUUCAACUGUAACUCUUAUGUAUAUGUUGUUGAAUAAAUAAUAAAUAUUACAUACUAU